UACAUGGUAAUAUUGAAUAGAUAGAAAAUUACUGAAAAAUAAAACGCAAAGCCUUAAAAAUUUGCUUCCUUUCCCAGUAAAAGAAAAGACAUGUAAUAAAAAAAAAACUCGUCAAAAGAAAAAUGCCGCUGCCAAAAAGAAACGUAGUGAUAAAGGUUGGUUUCUUGCGUUGACAGUGGAUUUCGCAUAUUCUCGUUUUUAAGUCAAAUAAACGGUGUAAAAUGUUCGAAAUGAAUACAGCAGAACCCAUGCAGGUGGACGUUCCAUUGGAGGAUAAUGAGAACAAUGAGACAGAAUGCUACGUCGUUGAGAAUCCUACAUUGGAUUUGGAGACAUACGCGGCGUCAUAUACUGGCUUUGCCAAACUGUACAGGCUAAUGUUUGUGGCAGACCACUGCCCUCCAUUAAGGUUGGAAGCUUUGAAAAUGGCUAUCUCAUACGUCAUGACAACAUACAAUGUAAGCCUGUACCAAAGCCUUCAUAAGAAACUAGCAGAAGCUGUAGCAUCUUCGGGUUUGCCUGAUGUAGCAGUUCAAAUGGGAUCACAAGAUAUCCCUGUGCUUGACACCAUGUGGGUAGAAUCUAAAACUAAGAAGGCUGCCAUUAAGUUGGAAAAGUUAGAUACAGACCUUAAAAAUUACAAAACAAAUUCAAUAAAGGAGAGCAUUAGAAGAGGUCAUGAUGACUUAGGAGAUCAUUACCUGGAUUGUGGAGAUCUUACAAGCGCUCUCAAAUGCUACUCUCGGGCCAGAGAUUACUGCACAAGUGGUAAACAUAUUAUCAUGAUGUGCCUCAAUGUAGUUAAGGUGUCAGUGUAUUUGCAAAAUUGGGCACAUGUUCUUAAUUAUGUGUCUAAGGCAGAAGGCACACCAGACUUUAAUGAAGUACCUGGUAAGGACUCAAACCAGUCAAUCUUAACCCGCUUAAAAUGUGCUGCGGGUUUGGCUGAACUAGCCACAAAGAAGUAUAAAUCUGCUGCCAAGCACUUCCUAGCGGCAAGUAUUGAUCAUUGUGAUUAUUCAGAGCUAUUGAGCAGCAACAAUGUUGCUAUCUAUGGUGGCCUCUGUGCACUGGCAACUUUUGACCGUUCAGAAUUACAAAAACAAGUCAUAGUUAGCAGUUCUUUUAAAUUAUUUCUAGAACUAGAGCCACAGUUACGUGACAUAAUUUUUAAGUUCUAUGAAUCUAAGUAUGCUUCCUGCCUAAGGUUACUGGAUGAAAUAAGGGAUAAUCUCCUAUUAGAUAUGUAUUUAGCACCUCAUUUAAAUUCUCUUUAUAUGCAAAUUCGCAACAGAGCAUUGAUUCAGUACUUCAGUCCAUAUCUAUCAGCCGACAUGCGUCUGAUGGCUGCGGCAUUUAAUCGCACUGUAAAUGCUCUAGAAGAUGAGCUGAUGCAAUUAAUACUUGAUGGUCAGAUUCAAGCACGGAUUGAUUCCCACAACAAAAUAUUGUAUGCUAAAGAUGUGGAUCAGAGAAGCACCACAUUCGAAAGAAGCCUUGCCAUGGGCAAGGAAUACCAGCGACGAACAUCCAUGCUGAUCUUGCGUGCUGCAAUGCUCAAAAAUCAAAUUCAUGUUAAGAAUGCCGGUGGGCGCGAUACUGGCCCUCAGAGUGGCGAAGCCCCUGGAUCCAGCACCAGCCUAACCCCUCGAACCUUCGAUAAUUUACCUUUGUGAUGACUUUACAUUUUAAGAUAGCCCAUACUCUUUUGCAUGACAAUUUAAUGUAUUUGACUGUCACCAUAUUUAAUAUGCACACAUGAAAUUAUCACAAUUUUGAAAACGACUAGCAAUAAAAUAGCAUAUUGCUUAUCCACUGUAUAUUAGUAUGGUGUCAGUUGUUUGUAUUCCGUGGUUGAUGCUUAGUAAAUACAUAAAAUCUGAAUGUCGAACAACUUUAUCUAUUAUUUAACUUUAUCGAUUAUUUUGUAAUUAGCUCUGUUAAAUCAAAUUUAUCAAUUUGAUGGUAUAUACCUAAAUUGUCAUGUGAAAUUGCUGUCAGGUUUGAAGACACUGUGUACCAAUCUACCCGCUUUUCUUUUUUGUUUUGAGAGAAUGCUGAAAGUAAUCCCAAUUCCCAAGUGGGUUGAAUGUUAGGUAUUCAAUUGUCAAUGUACACUGGUGACAUUGUUUAAGAGAAAUGUUUAACAGCAAUCACAGACAUUUGAACAGCUGGUGCAAGCAUUACUUCUUAAAAUUGUUUAUACUGAAUUAUUCUAUGUAACCACAAAAUAUUAUGUCUACGUAAUUUUUAAUUAAAAAGUAAAGGCAUAA